AAAGAUAUGGAAUUUGGAAAAGUUUGAGUGAUUAUUAGACUAUUGUAACAAACGCCAUGAAUCGGAAGUUGAUGAUCAUUAAGUUUAAUUUUCUUUAAAAUAUUAAGAAUACAUUAACCUCAGUUACUAGUACCAUGUCUCUGGUCUUUAGUAAUACUACUACUAAAUCUAUAUAGCAUAAUUUAACAUACAGGUAAAAACUGUUAGUUGUUUUUUCAUACACAUACCAUUAUCAGUGAUUUAUUUCUUUAGUGGAAUGCUCCUACUUCCAGUUUUUCCUAAGUGCAUGAAGAUAGAGGAAAGAUCUGUCUCAAAGAUGAUUUGGUUGCUAAGGGAACAGUGAAACCUGACAUACAAAAAAAAAAAGCCAUGAAAUACUUUAAGGUGUCUGUAGCUGUAGCGAUAGCUGGUAUCCUACUUCAUUACUUUGGCAAGCUUGGGUUAGUCAUUAAGAUUCUGGAGUACCUGGGAGUUAUAGCCAUUGGAUUUUUGAUGAGCUGCAAGUUAAUGUUAUUUACAGGGAACAAGUAUGUUGUGGACGUAAAAGAACCAGUCAGUAGUGCAUCGCUUCAAGAAAUAACUGGCCGAACGAUAUAAGGAAUAUGAAGAAAUUUGGAAGAAAGAGUCCAGAAAACAGUCACUUUUAAUUUCUCGGAAUGCUGAUGCUGUCAUAAGUGAGAUCAUUGAUUUUAUAAAUAGAGACUUUGUGCUCUGGUGGUAUGAAGAUUUGGUUGCUAAACAUGAACAUGUGCUAUGUCUGAUCAGAGAAGAGUUGUGGCAAGUUCUAAUGAAUUUUAAGGAGCGGCUGAGAAAAAUAGAUGAAGUAAAAUUUUUCACCAAUGACCUGAUUUGUAGGAUUUAUAAUCACUUUCAGAAGAUAAGAUAUUCAAGUGGAAACCAAGCAGAGAAGAUACCUUUCGUUCUUAGUUCUUUCCUGAUAUCGGAGACCCGAGAACUAGAAUAUCUGAGGCAAAUGUCGAACUUUCUUCUUGUACUUUUAUUGCCUUCCAAGUAUGCACACUGUCAACCUGUUCGUCACCUGCUUAGGGAAAUUUUGGCUUGCAAGGUGAAAGUGGAUUACUUAAAGAGACAACAAGCUGAACUGGAACACCACACUAAAACAUACACCUAUGCAAAAACAUUUGAAGACUUUGUUAGCAUGAUAAAUCAGUGUGGUCAAAUUGAAGAUUUAAAAAUAAUUCGUUACAACAUAAUGACAGAGAUAUUACAAGCAACAACGAUCAAUAACCUUAAACGAUCCAGAGGAAUUGACCAAGAUAAAGAAAGUGUUCCUCAAACAACCUCUAAGGGAGAUUUAUUGCAAGCCCGCAAUCUGAAACGUUACAUAAACCAGUUAAGGACCGCUAAGACCCUUUGUGAAAAGCGUGUGAAGAAUUUGGGAGGACCAGAUUACAGCUCUUCUGCAAUAUAUGAUAAAGGUUCUGACGACAAAGAAUCGGAGAGCAUGCCUGGAAGAACGGUGCUAUCUUUUUCUGUCAUCAUGGAGUCGGCUCAUUGUCGUCGAUAUUUUUCAAAAUACUUGGAGAAGGAAGAAAACCAGUCAUUGUUAAGGUUCUGGGAAGAUGUAGAAGAAAUGAAACAAGCUGAUAAGACAUUCUGGCAUCAGUUUGGAAAUGAAAUCUACCAGUUGUACGUAAACAAUGUUACUGCUAAUGUCAAGCUUUCUAAAAACAUUCUCAAGGGCAUGGAAGCUUUUAUGAUGGCUAACAAGGGCCCAGAAGCAUUUUUCCAGGCACAGGAAGAAGUGUACGUGAAGUUAGAGGAACGUUUUUAUCACUCUUUUCUUGUCAGCGAUCUUUACAAUAGGAUGCUUGCACAAGCUGAAAAAGAAGGCAUUGACUUCUCUCAGUGUCCGGAAGAACCCAGUGAUUCGCAUGAGGAUCAGGAUUCCAAAAACUCCCAGCGUUGUGGGUCCACUGGUGAAGAUCUUUCCUUGUCAGAUUAUUCAAACUGUGCUAAAGCUCAAAUGCAACAGCUUGAUGAGAAGUUAUUAAACAAGACUCAAGCUCUACAGGCUUUACGAAGCACACCAAAGUCAGACCCAAAGAUGAUGCUGAUGUUAGAAAAAGAAAUUGAUGACAUGAAAGCAGAACAUCAUCAAUUAGAAUGCCACAUUGAUCGAACAGAAACCUGGAGUGAAAACCUAGGGAUGUGGCAGGCCACGUUAGAUAAAGCUGAGAUUUCCAAAGACUCUGAAAAACUCCUCCCACAAUUUACCCUUCUCGUCCAUCUCACAGGGGGACGAAUUCCCCGGAAAGAACGGGGAAUCUCGGGUUGGGUGGUGUUGCGGACUGUAGCAGAUUUUCAUUCUCUCCAGCAAAAGUUGGUUCCAGCUGCACCGUGGGUUAAAAAAAUUGAUCUUCCCAGUCAAAGUAAACCACGUUUCAAAACUUUUGACAAGGCUUACCUGGACAGAGCUAAAGCUUUGUUACAGAACUUUCUAACAGUGGUGAUGAAAGAUGACCAACUUAAUAAGAGUGAAGCUCUGUAUUCAUUCCUAAGUCCAAGUCCAGAUCACCUGAAACGUAGUUUACCACCCCCGAAGAAACCCAAGUUCUCAUUGUCUCAGUUUUUCAAGAACACUGCAGGAGCUGGGCAGACAGAAAAUACUGAUGACGAUGACUUACUUUUCCUGUAUGAUGUAGACAGUAAAGAAGACAAGAAAGAUUCUAUUGCAGAACCACUGUAUCUUUUAGUUGGAGAGGUUUUUGAGCUUCGUGGGGUCUUCAACUGGUUCAGACGUUCUUUGAUCGCUUUUGUACAAAUAACUUCCGGAAAAACAAUCAACAGACAGAUUCAUGAAACUGUGGCACAUAUUAUAUCUGAGCCAAUGCUUGAAGAGUACCUGAAGACCUUUAAAGACUCUAUGUGGCCUGGCGGGGUACUUUCGAAACUAGAACGUCCUCGUAGUGAUGCUGAAAAACAACAAACCAGAGACCAAGCCAAACAGCUGCUUCUCACUAGUAUACCCGAAAUGUUGAGUGAUUUGGUUGGUCAACAGAACGCUAGAAGAGGAAUGGCCAAAGUUUUUGAAGCUCUGCAAGAUUGUCGUUUAAACAAGCAGCUGUUUUAUGAUAUUUUGGAAACAUUCCUCUUCGAGUUUUCUCCGGAACUGAAAACCCCACUGAAUUGAGUAAAGACUAUUGGGUCAGCUGUUCUUCAAAGCAACAAAUAAAACAUAUGAACGUGACCUAAAGGAAGAAUUACCAGUCGAGUUCGUAACUGUUGCAUAGAAAAGUACCAGACAAUUUUCUCUAUUUCUAUAGAGCUAAAGGAAGAAUUACCAGUCGAGUUCGUAACUGUUACAUAGAAAAGUACCAGACAAUUUUCUCUAUUUCUAUAGAACUAAAGAAAGAAUUGUAACUAUUGUAUAAAAUAUGAGUUAAUAGCCAUUACAUUUGUAUAGAAGCAAGUAAUUCUAGUAAAGUUAUAAUGUUCGUUGUAUCAUAUUUCAUAGAUGUAUGUAUACUAUCUGAUGUCGAAGCUAUUAUUUCUGUAGUCCUCAAGUUCAUUAUUCAUGAAUUAAUUAUUGUAACAAUGUAAUUUUAAAGCUUUAGUAGGAAAUAACAGAGUUAAACUUUAAAACUAAGUGUGCAGGCCUCCCAAAGGAGUUGUUUGUAGCCAAAGUGUAAUCUGUACAGAUUCUGUGUGUUCUGAUUUAACCAUGAUGAUUGUAACAACCAGAAAUAAAAGAGUAUCUUCAGAUGUAA